AAAGUAACGAGAUAUCUUUCGGGUGGACAUAAAACAUGUUCUUGAGAGAUAUACUGGCCAGAGAUAUACAUUGCAACGAUUACUAUAGGAAGACAACAGAUGGUAGACUUCCAGUCAAAUGGAUGGCACCAGAGGCACUCUUCCAUAGAGUCUAUACGACUAAAUCUGACGUUUGGUCGUAUGGUAUUCUGCUCUGGGAGAUAAUGACUCUUGGAGGAACGCCGUACCCUGCAGUCCCAAGCGUGGAAAAACUAUUCCAGCUACUGAGGAACGGUCACAGAAUGGAGAAACCACCCUGUUGCUCUCUUGAAAUUUAUCUUCUGAAGAGACCGACCUUUUCUGAACUAGUCGAUGACUUGGAUCGAAUUUUGACAUUCACAGCUAAUGAGGAGUAUAUCGACCUAGGGUUACCACAGUUAGAUACCCCUUCCAUCUAGUCAAGAAUCUAGUUAUUGUUUAUUGUUGUUAAUCAGGACACAUACAGGUAAUUAAAUACCCAAAAAAUUGCCACAAUU